AUGUUGCAGUCAAUAUUUGACGAUGUACGACGUAUGAAUAAGCGCCAGUUUUUAUAUCAAUUGCUGAGCUUUGGCAUGAUAGUCUCGUCAGCGUUGAUGAUAUGGAAAGGUCUGAUGGUUGUUACCGGCAGCGAGAGUCCUAUUGUGGUUGUAUUGAGUGGCAGUAUGGAGCCUGCAUUUCACAGAGGUGAUUUGCUCUUCCUCACCAAUUAUCAAGACGAACCAGUAAGAGUAGGAGAGAUCGUUGUUUUCAAAGUCGAAGGCAGAGACAUACCUAUUGUACACAGAGUACUUAAACUUCAUGAGAAGGGUGAUCAAAAUAAUACGGUCAAGUUUCUCACGAAAGGUGACAACAAUUCUGUAGAUGAUCGAGGUCUGUAUGCACCUGGUCAGCUUUGGUUGACGCACAAGGAUGUGGUUGGCCGAGCGAGAGGUUUCCUACCAUAUGUUGGCAUGGUCACUAUAUACAUGAAUGAAUAUCCUAAAUUUAAGUAUGCAGUAUUAGCAUGUCUUGGAUUGUACGUUUUGGUACACAGAGAAUAAAAUGUUCGAUAAGUUUAAACAUAAUAUAUUGCGAUAAUCUGAUCGUUUCUGAGGGAAUGCGCAAUUUACUAAAAAUAAGGACACACACAUACCAAACUAUGCACAACAUAAUAAUUUAGUGCAUACGUUGCUGAUCUUACUAUUAAAAAGAAUACUAAAAAAUGUU